AAGACAUCAUUUCGCUGACAUUUAAGAUGGGAAAUUUAUACUCAUUCAUUUAUCGUUCGGUUAACUUUACUUAAGUUGCCAAAUCCCAAUCUUGUGAAUGGGGGUCUCGUGUUGACGAAACCCCUGGCCAAGGAAAGUGAAAUUCCCCACGCGACAACUGGCGCAACUGAUGGACGCAGCCAAGCAGACAAUUCCAGACUCAAAUUGCAUAGCACAAUUUGUCGCCAGUCGCUUGCAAUUCCUCCGAUUUUAUUAUAAAGACUUGAUGUCAACGCGCCGGCGAGCUUAGUCAAAAUGUUCGCCUGCAAACGGAAGCUUCAGGCCGCACUGCAACUUAUGCUGCUGCUGAGCCUGUGGCUGGGAUUUGGCCUGACACAGAACGCCAGCCAUGAGAUUGCCACCGGACGCUCGGAGAACCAGCUUGACCUGUCCAGCUCGGUGGCUGCCAAGAGCUUCGAGCCACCGCCAGAAUUCUACAGGGGCCCAGAGUCGCAUCCGAACAAUCAUCCCUCAUUGGGAAGUGUGGGUGAAAGCCUUAGUGAAACCUACAACAAGUGGCAAGGCUUAGGUAACAGUCAAGGAGGUCUCCAGGAGCGCAUCAGUGUGGGACAUCAUCAAGGAAGUGCUGGAGCUGUAGCAUCACAUGCACCGCCAGUGGGCAGUUUCGAGACUAACUCCCAUCCAUAUCCCUAUGAGUACUCUCACAGCACUGCCGGAGCAGGACCUGGACUGGCAGCUGGAGGUGCAUCGGGGGCUUACUUUGGCAGUUCUAGUGUGGAGGCGGGGAUACCAUUCGAUGUGUACGGAUCGCGACCAGGGCAUGGAGUGGGUCACAGUCAUUAUUCCACGACGGAAUAUGCAUAUCCCUAUCACUUGGAUCACCAUGAAAUAGCCAGUCACAAGGGACCGGGAUACGGAGAAGGAUCCUCCAAAGCCCUGUUGGCCAAGAGUUUUCUAAUUCCUUUAGCCAGUGCUGCCGUUCUGGGGAUUGCAGCCGCCUUGAUAAGCAAUCCCCUGCUCCUUCAACUGGGCACCGUUUCCGGACUCGGGGCACCAUUUGUCGGGAAGCGUAAACGCCGGGCAGCGGGCUCUCGUCAUCGUCGAAAUAUGGUAACAAAUUAAGCCCAUAAACACGUACUAUUAAUAUGCCAUUCACAAAAGAAGAAAAAGAUUAAAAAGAAAAAUCAUCACUUUUCAAUGAAUAUUUACCGAUAAGUAGAAACCCCUUUCCCUGAUAAGAUUUUGUAUUAAAAUGGUAAACAAAGUGUGCGAAACGAACUUGGAACCCCCAACAUAUUCAAAAUAUCAUUAUAGUACCCACCAUUGAGGAGAAAGGAAAGGAGUUAUCAAACAGUAAUAAACCUGAAGUGGUAAAUCAUGUAGAGGUUCUUUCCUGUAUAUUAAACUUUUAAUGAUAUACUUAUAGCCACUUUGAUACUGAUUUUUAGAUUCAUAAUUUAUUUAAGCAUACUUAAUUCCCAACAACAUUGUUUAUAUUAUUUAUAUUCAUAAAAUUAACGCAUUUUUCAUCAUA